AUGCAACCUCCUCCUCCUUCUCCGAUUCCACAGGCCAUUACGCCUCCUCCUCCACCUCAAUCCACCAUUCCAAUUCCGUUUCCUCCUCUUUCUCCGCCGCCGUCUCCUCCUCCACCAUCACCUCCGCCGCCGCCGAUUCAAAGAUCUCCUCCUCCUCCGCCGCGUGCGUUAGCUUCUCCUCCACAAUCUAAUAGACACCAACCACGGCGGCUACGGCCGCCAUCUCCUCCUCCUCCUGCACGGGUCUUCAAACAGUCGGACAAAAGCGGAUUAAACACAGGGAAAACGGUGGGUCUGGUAUUUGCUGGGUUUGCAGCAAUCUUACAGAUUUGCGUUGUUGCCUUCUUAGUUUUCAAGAGAAAGCAGCUUCUAAGAAUGACACACACUUAUUGA